AUGACAAAAAACAGUCACUACAGCGAUCCGAAUGGCGUGAUGGAAAAUUGGGGCGCCAGCGACCUGGUCGAUUUGACCGCAAAGGCCCUCCGAAUGUUCGAUGAGCUGCUCAGUCGCCGUAAGCUCUUCUACGCGGAGUCAAGACCUGAGAUCGUACAGCAUGAGGGGUUUCUAUUUGAGUUCCGCCAGAGCCCAGUUCUCACCAAGAAACCCAUCCUGCCCCGGGACGCCAAGGAACGGUCCGGCAACGGCGGCCCAUUCCUGAACCCGGACCCCGACUUUGUCGUUGCGACGAUCGGGCAUCACCAUGUACUAGAGUUGAACAUGUACAGUAUGUUUCGGCCGAUGUUUGUGCUGCAUACUCGCGAGUUUGCCCCGCAGACCGACGACCUGGAUGUCGACGAUGUGAGUGCAGCGCGAAAUGUCAUGGCGAGCUUGCAGGGAGGGUCAGGUCCGCAGAUGAUGCUCUACAACUGUGGCGUGGACGCUGGCGCGUCCCAAGGGCACAAGCACAUGCAGAUUGUCCCGCUGCCGUCGUCGUUUAAGCUCUAUCCCGAGCUCGCAGAUUCGACAGAGGAGAUGGCCUGCAAUAUCCCCAACAUACCGUACAAACAUUUUGUCCUCCGAGUACCACCGUCGGCAAACUCUGGCCAAGUGCACGCCAAGCUCGUUCGUCUGGUCGAAAGCUGUCGAGUGGCUCAGAGACAAGCCCGGACCGGCGACGCAUACAACGUCGUCAUGACGGACAGUUGGCUUUGUGUCAUUCCGAGACGUCGUGCUGCGCCUGGAAGCCGUAUCGCCAACGGAGCUGGAAUGAUGGGGGCUGUCUGGGUCCGCGAUCCAGAAGAGAGGCGAAUGUGGGACACAUUGGGGCCGUCAGCCCAACUAUCACAACAAGGUAUUCCCAUUAGCCCGUAG